UCAGAGGAUGUGGUUUCCCUGAGCUCGCAGAGCACAGCUCAGCCGUACUUUGAGGAAGAGAGGAGGUGAGACGCGUGCCGCUCACCCGUGGGGGCGACCGGAGCCAAUCUGCCUGGGGGGACUGAGAUUUGACUGUUGCUGUCGCCGUCGCCGGGCAGUCUUUGCUUGGGAAAGAAAACAAGCGAAAGCCUGCGGCUCCCGUCUCGGAUGCGCGCGAGAACACCGAGGGGGGAUUUCUGUGGACUCAAGCUGGGCGCUGCUCUCUCUGAGAUGAGUGUGUCUGCAAGACAGCCCAGGCGCUCACGACUGAUCUCCGAGACAAGCCCGUGCUAACUCUGCCUCCUCAGCCUCUGAACAGGUGCAGAACAACGCAGGUGAGAUGGGCUGCAGGCUCCCCAAGUUGAAGAGGUCGGAUGAGAACAGUCCAGGGAAGAUCUAUUCAACUCUCAAGCGACCGCAGGUGGAAACCAAGGUGGGAGUGGCCUACACCUACCGCUUCCUGGACUUUAUCCUGGGGAGAGACGAUGGGACAUCCAUGCUCUGCAUUUCCUCCGUGAGGGAGCUGCCUGGCCAGAUGCUGGAGUUGUACCAGCAGGGGUUUGUUCUGGCGGCCGUGCACCCCUUCAUCCACCCUUGUAGCUCCGAGCCAGCCAGUGCACAGCGUCUACUCUACAGGGCUGUCCUGAUCCGGCACUCAGACAAUGUUGAGAGGCCAGAGGCCAAGAGUGAUAACCGCCUGGAGAUGGAGAUGUGUCUGUCAGCUGAUCAGGUCCCCAGUGUUGAGCUCAUACAGGGUUAUCUGAAACGGAUCCAGGAUGCUGCAGAACAGGGAAUUGCAUUUGUUGGUUUUGUUCAGCAGCCCAGCAGAGCACUCAAUGUCCUGGGACAAGAAGACCCAGAUGAAAUUUCACUGUCCCUUCACUCAAGCCCUAGUUCUGUCCAAGGGUCAAAGGCUGAACAAAACCAGGAUCCUGAGCAACAGAGUCCAUUGGAAGAACAAGACCUUCAAACAGAGAUUGAAACAAAAACCAGAGACUCUGAGUUUGAAGAGGUGGUGUUAAAUGACACUGAGGCCCAGACUGGGAACACUGGGAGCACUGGUGACAGAGCUGAGGAGCUCUCUAAAGGUCAAGUGUCUCCAUCACCAGACAUCCUCCCAUCAACAGACGACCACCCACUGGAAAUAACGGACAAUAACAUCAUGCCGGAUAACAAUAAUAAAGCAACUGCACAGGAAAUAGCUAAAGACAAAGAGACACAACCUUCUCCGCCAAAAAAGGGACUUGAGCUCUUUGCCCUGUUCAACCACCCUGGGACGGGCCAAGGACUGCUGAAGUACUACACGGUGAAGGUUCCCCUCCGAGUCCAGGUCCGGGAUGAGGAGGUCGUCAUGGUGGAAGCCAGCUGGUUGGAUCACAUGACCCAGCACUUCAACAGUGGUUCAUCACUGGUCGAUGGAUACUUCCACCUCGGGAGCAAAAACGAUUUGCCUCCAAAGUCUGUGGAAAGUGUCUUCAUCUUUCAAGAGGGGCCGGAGGGGGAGUCGGGCGCAGCAACCGCGUACGACGCCAUCGUGGUAGAGCAGUGGACCGUUAUCGAUGGUGCUGCUGUGAAGACUGACUACAUCCCCCUGCUCCAGUCUCUGGCUAUGUAUGGAUGGAGACUCACGUGUGUGUUGCCAACGCCCCUUGUUAAGACUAACAGUGAUGGAAGCCUGGCCACCAAGCAGAUCGUUUUCCUCCAGAGACCCAUCCUGCCUCGCAAGAAGAAGGAAUCCAAGAUACUUAACUUCAAAACCAGGAAUAAAUCCAAUAAGAACUCUGUCAAAGAUGUGCCAAAGGAGAAAAUGAAGAAAAAUGAGUCUCCAGGGUUGGAGAAAGAGACAGACGAACAAAAGACCUAUGAAGGAGGGGAGAAUGAGGAAGUGGCAAGGAAGAAUAAUGACAACCAGGAAAGUGAGAGGUUAAGCCUGGAGAAAGGCAACAAGGGAAAGGGAGAGCAAGGACCAGAAGCUGUGGGGGAAGUUGGAGAGGCUGGGAGCAGUGCAGAAGAUGGUGAGGAGAGGGGAGGUGGAGAACCUGGAGACGAGCACGAGUCCGGAGCGGGACAAGAAAGCAGGUCGAAGGCACAGACCGAGAAAGGAGCAGAGGUUGGAGAAGAGGUGGUGCGUGGACAAGUGAAGGAUGGACUCACUGAAGUGGACGAUGCAAAGAACUCAGCUGCCCGCAUCGGUGACGGGAUGGAGGACAAGGUGGGAGACCCAAAUGAGCAGAAAGGAGGGAGGGAAGAUGGACGUGGAUCAGUAGCCUGCGAAGACAGCGUGGCGAGACAAUCGGAGCUAAGCAGAGAAGACAGUGAAGUCGUAGUUCUGGUCUCUGUGGAGUCUGAAAGCAUCCCAGAGGCUGUGGACUCCUCCUCUGUUUCAGCAGCCCUUGGCACAGAAGGGUCAGAGUAAGAGACCCUGUCUAGCAUAGGGGACACUUGAGCGUUUCACCCAUUCCUGACCAACAGCGACAAGCAGAGGUACAGCUCCGCCUGGCUAUCUACAAGUUAUGUGCUACCUGUCACUCAGAAUGAUCAUUUCUUUGGAUUCUGCGAUGGGCUGCAGUUGAACAUUAAAAAUGGUUGUUUGCGUUUGUGUGGUGACUAAGAAAUGUCCAGAUGUUCCCUCAGAAAUAAAUACUGUGUAGGUGUGAGAACUAUUGUGGGGUAAUGGCCAUGUUGUGUUGUGGCACACACUCAGACACAUGGCCUGUUCCGUUGACCCAGAGCAGGCCACGUUCCAGAGGAAACAAAGGCAUUUUGCAGCUCGCUACUACUGGCGGUAAAGCUGGGAUAUAUUUUGAGAAGCUGAUGUAUUUUGCAUAGAUUAGACAUUUUAAGCAGUUUACACUGAAAUCACCAUGAAGUUUCUUUUUUUUUUUGAUUGUGAGGGUAGGCAAGUCAGUGGUAUAUGGUCUGCAAAAGCUUAUGGUCCUGCAUCAGGCCUCUACAUUUUCUGCCUAUUGGAGAACAUCAGCUUGUGUUAGUUAUUGCUGUAUUACCGAUCACGACAGGAAGUGUUUGAUAAGUGUUGUCCAAUUAAAGCGCUUGUUAUAAGAAAACCCAUUUCUGGCAGGGAAUAGGCAACGUACAUAAAUACAGAUGUUUCCCCUGGACCCAGUUGUUAAUAAAGAUCCAUGCAGUCACCGCAGUGGUUUAAAAGGUUUGAAAAUAGUUUUUGACUAAAACUAGAACUGACACUUGCCAACAGCUGCGGUGUAACUUCCUGGUUUUUUUUUUCUCUUUUGUUUUUUUUCAACAUGCCGCCGGUUCAGUCAGUUAGCAGUACAGCUCACGCUAUCGGCCGCUGAGUCGAAUCACAACCAGUAAACGCAGUAGACCGCUUCCUGUCGAAGCUUGUACCGCCACCUAGGACGCGUCACGGUCGAGUGCGGCCGACCAGGUCGGACCUGACCGUGUCAGAGACGCAGAACUCCUGCAAAUAGGUGAGGGGAAUAGGCCAGUGCGUAUUGCACGACAGCCGCGUUUAAAAAAUAGACAUGUAAAAACAGGCAUUUCCAGUGAACCCACAUAAGCUGCAGCCGUUUUAGGGAGACAGCUUGUCAAUAGAAAUUUAAUUACAGCUUUUGCGUAAUUAAACACUCAUUAUACGUGUUCUGUGAAAAGACAGCUUGGAGAAAGAGAAGCACAAAGCAGUCAGAUGUUGUGUGCCAUGUAAAUCUAUAGUAAAGUGAUGCGUGUCUUAUGACGGUAUGGGCAGAGACCAUGAGGAUCCCACUUCAGAAUCGCUGUUAAACUGCUGAGUCCACUUAAAUUCAACAUCUGUUAAUAUUACAUUUAUGGAGUUAUGGAUAAUUUAACGCUGCUUUCUAUGAUGUUUAUGGUUAUAUAGCAUAGACGUAAUAAAAUGCCCACAACCUUGUGUUUUCAGAAUUAGCGGGAUAACGUGUUUAGGGAGUUAAAGUUCGUGGACUUGAGAGAAAGACAGAGGUCAUGUUUUAAACUGCUUUAUCGAUGUUCCACUCUCUUGGACAAAUUGAAACCGCACUGCGGUUUGUCAAAACCAUGCAAAAUUACAUUUUCAACAAUGUGUCAAAAUGUCAAAAUACUUUU